GUGGUGCUUGAACAGCCUAAGAAAAGGAGAUUCAACCCUUGGAUUGACAGCAGCAGCGGGCCUCGAGGUCGAGGCCUGCUCCUCCCAGGCCCGCACCGGGAGUGUCCCCUCUGCACUGGAGCUCUCCAUACCGCACGCUGAGCCUGCUCCCCGCCACCACAGCCCACGAACGGCCGACCUGCGCUCUCCCCGGUGGCCCGUAAGGCUCGGCUAGCGGCAGGAGCCCGCCGCUCCGCAGCGGUGCGGGCUUGGCUCGCGAGGCCGCACGCCAGGCGAUCCCGGAACCUCGGAGGGCGGCAGCCACACACCACGUCGUCCUCGUCUGGCCGGGCCAUAGGCCUGCUGCCCACCGGCCGCUCAGAGCCAACAGCAUGCUGCGAGUAGGAAAUGGUGGCCGUUGAUUUCCAAUAGCGGCCAAGGACGGCAAAAAGCGACUCCGCUCAACUAUGGCCCUCAAGAGCGGAAACUACUAAAGUUCCUCUGGGAUCAAGUAGAAUUUUAUAUGAACAUAAUGGAUGGAGAGGAGAAAACCUAUGGUGGCUGUGAAGGCCCUGAUGCUAUGUAUGUGAAAUUAAUAUCUUCUGAUGGUCAUGAAUUUAUUGUAAAAAGAGAACAUGCAUUAACAUCAGGAACAAUAAAGGCCAUGUUGAGUGGUCCAGGUCAGUUUGCGGAGAAUGAAACCAACGAGGUCAAUUUUAGAGAGAUCCCCUCACAUGUGCUAUCCAAAGUGUGCAUGUAUUUUACCUACAAGGUCCGCUAUACUAACAGCUCCACCGAAAUUCCUGAAUUCCCAAUUGCACCUGAAAUUGCACUGGAACUGCUGAUGGCCGCAAACUUCCUAGAUUGUUAAAUAAAAUAAAUUAUAAUAAACUGUUAAUUUUUUUUCAGUAUUUAAUACCUGUAGUUCAGUUAGUAAUUUUUUCACAUAUAGCAUGUUGCCUGUAUGAAAUCGAACUCUAAAGUUAACUGCUGAGCAGAUUCCUUCUGUUAUUUGCAUAGCAGAGUUGAAAUUUGUUUGCUACAUCAACAAAUUAAGGACGUUUCACAAGCCAAAAAAUAAAUAAAUAAUGCCAGUUUAUAGGUGGUUUGCUUUCUCCUUUGGAUGUGAUCUUUAAAAUUAUAACUGAUAUAGCAAAUCCUGGAAUGUAAACGUUAAUGGAUGUAUUCUGCAGGUAAAUACGGGGGCUUUGUGGUUUUAGUGUUUUUUAAGGACCAGUUCUGAUCUUAGGCCACUGAGCAUUACUAGAGUUAUGCAAAUAAUUACAUGAAAAACAUGUUUAUAACUUAGCCAAACCUUGAUUUUUGUAACUCAAAGAAUACUAGUUGAAAUUUCUUAUGUGUUUUUUAUAAACUGCAGUAUUGUUUAAGUGCAUCUUGUGUUUUGUUUAUUGCCACAAUUCAAAUACUUUAUUUAAAAGCAAUUUUGGAAGCUAGCCAGGUCUAUCUUUUAGAAUAGUAACUGAACUGUAGCUAUCUAGUCAAGUAAAUGAUUUAAAAGUUCUGUGCAUUGUGUUUGAAUAUCCCGAAGCAUGACUUCUGCUAGGGUCAGGGUUUCUCUAGUUUCCAUUCUUUAUGGUCUCUUGGGGUAACACGUGUGUGGUGUUAAAUGUGUCCAACACUUCAUGAGCUUGAUCUAAACCCUUGAAUCUAGGUGUGCUGAGCUCUUCUAGAAAAGCAGUAAUGAAGGGAUGUGGGAGGAGCCCUGUAAUGCUCUCAGACGCACCACCAGACCUACCCACCCAGCAUAUCUUCUAUCCAACCAUACUAAAAGCCAUGGGCCUUCUGAAGUCACAUUCAUGCGGUAGUCAUUCAGUCUUUAAACUGAGCAGACAGAACAUCUGAAUAUGUUGGCUAGAUCUCUGCCUUGGCAUAGGAGAGCGCUGAAGUGAAUGGGAUAGUGGGAUAUGGUUGCCUCCAGUAGCUGUUACAGGUCUUUCUGCAAGCCUUCAACAUUCUUCCCAGGACUGGAAGCGGCAGAAAUCAUAACUUUUCCUCUUACACAUCCUACUUUCCAGCAUACAGGAAAUGGUUACAUGUGUAAAUUGGUUAUUUUAAAUAAUGUUUCAAGGCAUGCUGGCACAUAGCUUAGCACAAUUGUGAUGAAAGUACAGGAAUUGUGUUUCAGGCUGUAUUUGGAACUCAGUCAUAGUGCCACUAUGGCAAGGCCCUCCCGUCUCUAGCUAACAUAUUUGCCCUUUCUAUCAGCUCUAAAGGUCAAAAGGCAGUAACUAGAAAGAAAAGUUAGCUUGAGCCAGUUUUUGUAGGUUACUCUGUUAGAUCCAGAUGUAAUCUUAAGGACAUUAAAAUUGCAACACACUAGGCAAAUUUGUAUAUGAUACAGCAAAUGGUAUAUUGUGUGUUAAUAAAGGCUGUAUUGACUGAAAA